AUGAAGUUUUACAAAUGGACAGUCUUUAUCGUGUUUAUGACAUUGUUAGUAGAUAGAUCUCUAACAGCUUAUUCAUCAAGCCGAGGAUCCCAAGGGUUUACGCCUACCAGAAGUGUUUCAGGCUAUCCCAACAAUGUCUCCAGUACCACCAGUGGACCCGUACCAGGGAUGGUUCAUGUCAACAGCGUCAGCAACUCCAGUAUUGUGGGGAACCAGCUCUCAAAAUAUUGGACAGAUUUACAAAAGUUUCUUCAAAAUCCAAACGCCUUAAACUCUGUUGUCAACCAAAUUGGAAACUUCAUUAAAACUAACAAUGUGUCGUUUCCUAUCUCAGUCAUGACACCAGAAAAUUUACAAAAAGUCCUACAGUUACUUGGCUCUGGUUCCAGUAACUUACAAGGUAUUUCUCAGUACGCGGGAUUGCUCGGGAACUUCUCUAAUGAUCUACGGAAUGUUACUGAAGAACUGGAACAGCACAUCUCACCUCAGUGUUUCGGUCACUUAGAAUUUCUUGUCUCGGAACUUCUGAAAAGGGAACAAUGGGCAUUCAAAAUGAUAGACGCUGCCGGUAAAAUUCCUUCUGGACUGCUAAGUGGAGACAUGGCGUGGACUGGUUCCUAUGACGAGUGUCUUGCGGUGCAUACCGGAAAGUUUGACGGGAAAUAUUGCACAGCGACUUUACCACUAAGUAAUUUAUUGGGAUCAGCGGUUCCGGCGUCAUCGGGAUUUAUCGGUGGAUUUAACGUUAGAAUGGCCUUAUGUAUACCUGACAGUUGUACUGCUUUGGAAUCAAAGACCACCGUCAAUGCUCUGUUAGGUUUACUACCACUUGGACAGUCGAAAGUCUACGCAUAUUCCGUCACUUGCUCGGAACCAGUAGAAUACGACGGCGUUGGUAUAGCGGGUUUUACAGUGUGUGGUGUGUUUUUCCUCCUAAUGGUGCUGUCGACCGUGUUUGAUAUGAUGUACUCUCAGGAUCAGAAUCAGUCUCACGUGACCGAGAAUGGAGUUACUUCAGAGAGUAAAUAUCGUGUUAAUGGAGAUGUGAAGAAACCAACAAAAUCCGGACAACCAGGCGUGCUGCCGAGACUUGCCAUGACGUUUUCUGUGUACACUAAUGCCCGGAAGUUGAUGAGCACAGAACAGGCAGGUGGCGCUCUUGGUGCCAUCAACGGAAUUCGAUUCCUCAGCAUUUCCUGGGUGGUUCUAGGACACGCAUUUGCUUUCGGCAUGGGUGAGAUACAAAACCAGAUUUUUACUAAGGAUUUCCUGGGUAACUGGACAUCGAUGGUUCUAGCCAAUGGUCUACUAUCUGUGGAUUCUUUUUUCACACUAAGCGGGCUGCUGGUGUCCUACCUGUUUAUGAGGGAGAUGAAAAGGGAGAAGGCACGAAUCAACUGGUUUAUGUUCUAUUUUCAUCGCAUCUGGAGACUGACACCUCCUUACAUGUUGGUGCUGUUUCUCUACAUGUCGCUGUAUCGUUACCUUGGCGAUGGACCGUUCUUUAACAUCGGAGGUCAAGAUGGGGUCUCGUGUAGAAAGAACUGGUGGACAAAUAUUCUGUAUAUCAACAACGUCGUAAACGCAAAAGAGAUGUGUUUUGGCUGGUCGUGGUAUCUGGCCAAUGACAUGCAGUUUUAUGUAGUAAGCCCAGUCCUUUUGGUGCCGCUCUAUUUCUCUAAGAAGAUUGGCGUUUUUAUCAACAUUCUGGCUUUGUUGGGGAUCAGUAUAGCUACUGGAGUAGUUUCCAACCAUUAUGGCCUGUUACCUACAAUAAUGUCAACUGAUGCUGCUGCCAUGAUGGCAAGUUAUAAUGAUUACUUUUUUGAAUACUACAUUGUUCCAUGGUGCCGCAUGGGACCAUACAUCGUCGGCAUAGUGACCGGGUACAUCAUCUACAAGACCGACGGCAAAUUCAAAAUACCAAAGGUGAUGAACCUGCUCAUAUGGUUGGUCAUGGCAGUGGCCGCCUGUAUUGUGGUGUACGGAAUAUACAGUCCAGUGAACGGUGACCAGUGGAGCAGUGGUGUGGCCGCUCUGUAUAACGCUGUCCAUCGCUCUGUUUGGGGAGUUUGUGUCUGCUGGGUAGUCUUCGCUUGUGUUACCGGCAAUGGAGGAAUUGUAAACGAUUUUCUGUCCUGGAAGCUGUUCGUCCCCCUCAGUAGACUCAGCUAUUGCAUCUACUUGACUCACCCCAUCGUCAUUUACUACUACCUACAAACAUUGCGACAACCAUUUUAUGCCACGACACUAGGAUUUACUUACUCAUUCCUUGCAUCACUGGUUCUAUCCACACUGACGGCAAUCGUCGCCACUCUGGCCUUCGAGACCCCAAUGAUGACUAUUGAGAAAAUUCUCUUCCGGCGGGGCAAGAAGUGA